UAUUAUCACUGUGUUUACAAGAUAAAAGCAAUGAAUGACACUGUGUUUGUUUACAGUUGGCUUGGGUGAGAGCUCGAGACGGCGUGUUCUCUUCAACUAUCCCUCUUUCUCACUUUUCUGGGUUUAGGGUUUCGAUAGAUUGGCAAGUGGCAACAACACCGAGCGUCUUCGAAACCAGUUGUCACCUAAAAACGAAACCUUUUGGCUUCUCUGCUUGCGUCGGAAACCACAAAGAACCAGGAGGGAUAAAAGAAAUGGCGCCUAGAGGAAGAAGAAAGAAGGCUGGACUGAUGCGAGAGGAUGCAGCAAGAGAUGCCAUGAGAGGUUUUGGAUUUGAGGAGCGUCUUAUCAAAGUGUGUAUCAAGGAAAUGCUAGAGGUGUAUGGUGAGGAAGGAUGGUGUCUGAUCGAAGAGUAUAGUUACCAAGUGCUUCUAGACAAGUGCCUUGAAAAGCAAGAGGAGCUAACAAAGAAACCAGAAGAAAAACAGAAACAAGAAAUGGCUCUGGUACAAAACGAAGAGAUGGCUGAGGAACAACAUGAACAAACGGCUCAGGGAGAAGAAAAGGAGCAGCAAGUUGAGGACAGGAGAACCCAUGUUGGCAGCAACUCAACAUCUUUGGUGGUGUGUGGCGCAGAGACAGGAGCACAGGCUGAUGCUUUGUCGAUCACUAGCAAGGCGGUCAUCACGGACUCAUCACCAGCAGCUAUUGAGUCAGGAGAAGCCUCAAUGGAUUAUGCAUCACCAACGGUUAUUCAAUCAGGAGAUGCAUCAGGAUAUUAUGCACAGCAUUCUGUUGGAGGUUCGAGGACUUCUCAGUGUGGAUGGCUAAGUGAGGAGGAGGACGAGACAGAUACAAAUGAGGGUAGUGAUUGUGAUGAUGGAGAGAUAGUUCAUCUGACUCCAGAACCGCUAUGUGAAGAACUUGAAGAGCUGCUCAGGGAAGUUCGUGGAGGGAAGAAGAGGAAGAGACCCACUAGGUGGGACAAGUAAAGGAGUCUUGAGCUCCUGUAAGUAAAAAAAUGGUCUAUUUAAAAGUUGGUUUAUAUAUUAACUGAUGCGCAGUAUAACAUCAUAAAACAAUACAGAGCCAGGAAUCUAUUGUCUGGCUUUGAAGCUUUCAUCAUUUCCGUUGUGUUAAUGAAUGAUUACAGUCUCUACUAUAUGAAUGAGAUAUCAACUUCAUCAAUGGAGUAACUAAAAGUUGUUAUAUUAUAUACAUGCUAUAAAGUUCUCUCUUGAUACUCAUCCCAUUCAUAAUACAACUGUGACACUUGGGUCUCCUCUAUAACUCCUGACAUUUCACACUUUCUUAACAAACUGCAUGUUAAAGAGUUUGAGAUUCCUGAUUACUACAAGAUUUUGUUGUUCUUAACAGUCUUUAAAGUCAAAAAUUAUCACAAU